GCUCAAUCGCAGCUAGUACUGAAACUGAAUCAAAUUCGAAUACUGUAAUUCUGUGACAAUCAAAUAGCACCUACACGCAUUUGUCCACGUUUUACGCCACUUAAACUACAAUGAGAAUGUGAAGUUAUUACAUUUUCAAUUUCGUUUGAAAGAAAUUCUUAUGUCAUUGGAAAAUUUUAGUUCAUUAUUUUCUUAUCUUAGGCUUCAUUGUGUUUGAAUGCAACGAAAGCAAAAUUGUGCGUCUUUUCCAAGAUGAACUUUGUCUGUUUACUGUCCGAUCUGUUCUAAUGUUAGGUGAUGAAGUGAUUACAAAUGUCCCAAAUUGCAAGUUUGUCCAAACUUAUUCUCAGUCGUCUAGCCGACCUGAAAAAUAAGCCAAAAUGUGAACCAAUUCCUAAAACCGAAUCCGAUCAGCAAGAUGGCAAAAAGAAAAACGAUGAUUUGAAAGUAGUUACUGACUUUUUUGUGAAUGGCGAUGGAUCGAAGCUACUUUUAGAUCUUUCGGCUUGUCUGACUUUCGGUGUAAAUGUAUCAUCGGCUUCCGAGCUCACCGAAGUCCUGCUGGAUAUAAUAUCAGAACUUAUACAAUCAGUAUCAGAUAAUUUGUCGCAAAUCGAAAACAAUGAAAGUCAAAAUUGCGAAAUUUGGAAAAAAUUGCCAGCUGACUUUCUGGAUAAACUCCUAAUCCAAUUUACAUCUCAAUAUUUAGCCUCCCGAAAAGAGUUGCCCCAUGAAAAAGUUUCGAAAAAACUAAGAGUGAAACAAAAACCGAAACGGUCCAAAAGUGAAGACGAGAAAAGCACUUCAGAUGAUGAAAAGCCGGCUUUGAAAAAAGUAAGGAAGAGGCGGCAUUUGAAAUCGGGGCGAAAAGUGCUGGAAAGAACCAACGCUAUUAAACUGACAAAAAGCUGCAAAAGCGGAAAUUUCAAAGUUGCGACAAAUAAUGUCGAUAGGUGUUCUCACAUGAGUUACACAGCAAUUGAGAAACUAAGCAUCGACAACAGGACCUCGCAUGUUUUAGAUGAGUUCGCGCAAGUUGAGGUCAAAGAAAAUCAAGAACCAAAUGUCUCGAAAGAUAGUUCGCGUGAUGGAGUUUUGAUUAGUGUAGAAAAUGGCGUUGCUGCUCCUUCGAAAGUAGCAAACGAUCUAAUGUUUUUACCGGCUCCAGCGCUGAACCUACCCGAUACCGAAAGGCAGUCGAGUUCUUUAAACGUUGAUCAAGAAGUGCAAACGUCGAGACCUGUGGUCGAACUAAAAGUUCCGAAGCGCCUGGAAUUAGUUCUAGAUCUGAAUCAGAAUCUGUUCAGCUAUCUCGAAAAUCUGACAGUAGAAGACUCAACAGACGUGCUUAGUCUACUGUUGGCUACAAUAAGUAGACUGCUUUUGUGCGAAAACACGUGCCCGAGUUCUCUGACUCGGCCUAUUUGGAAGUCGGUUCUCAAAUGGUGCUCGCGAAUCAUCAGAAACAAUACCUCGUCAAAAGCAACUUCUCAUUUGAAAUGCAUGUCCAAAUUUACUUCGCUUUACAUAGUAGACUUAAUUUGCUCUUUCAUGGUGCUAAAUUUGACGAUCUUCACAUAUGUCGUCCUGGGUGACGAAAAACGUCGUCACUCAGCCAAAUCGGAUCCGUUAGUUGGCUCGGAUAUCGAUUCCACUUUUGCCGAUUUGGUUUCGGCUGUCACUCGAGUUCACCAAUUUAGUCUCGCAAAUAUCGACGACCAGUUUGUAAUCGAUCGAGUUUUCGGCUGCUCAUGGCGAGUUCUCUCUCUUUUCGGAUACCUUUGGGACCGGAAUCGAGACCUUAUGAAGCAUAUCACAAAGCGAAGCUCGGCGUCACUCAUUACGAACAGCAGUAGCAUUAAGCAGAUGGUACUUCUGAGACGAAUUGAUUUAAAAGACGAUGAAAUUGUUGGGAAAAUAGUGAGCGUGAUCAAAUGUUUGGGCUCGGAUCACGUGAACAAUGACCAUUCAACGUCGUGUCCAUUCAAGAUAGUGUUAGAUCUUUUAGUCAGCUGCAUGCCUCUUUUUCUGGAAUGUGAAACGCAUACCGAAGUAAUCAGAACGACGCUGGACAUAAAACUGUGUACAUGCCAACAGUUGGAAUCAAGUUUAGGAUUCUUGGAGGAAUUUCUGAAAAAAUUGUCGAAAUCUCUCAUAAAACGAAAUUCGAAGAAAAACGAAAAUGACGAAAUCGAUCCGAAUGUUUUCAAAAAUGACAAUCAAAAUAUGGAGUUGAUAAUCGCGUUUAUGACCAGAAUAACUUGCUAUCCUGAAAACUUGUCAGACUCGAAGUUUAAGUUUUACAAACGAAUUUUGCAGAAAACAAACGAAAAAGUUCCCCGUCAGUGUCUGCAAAAUUUCAUUUUGAAAUCCAUUUCUCAGCGAGAUUUUAAUACCGAUAAUCUGUUUGCAUUGUGUAGUAUUAUACACGUUCCAGUAUUGCGGUUUCUGAAAGACAAAUUGUCGAAAUUUGAACUUAUGAAAAGUUUUGCUGAAGGUCAGAACGAAUUUCAACUCGAAAGUUCAUCUGGUGACCUAAGUAAAAAAGGUCACGCUUUGCCGCCAAUGAUGAAAGAGCGAAUGGGAAACGACAAAAAAGUAAGCAUUUGGUCUGAAAAUGUCGAACGCGGUCUUCUACCGGAACUUGUGAUGCGGGCUUCGAAAGAUCUUCCCGUGGAUUUGUUCCACUACUUGCUGAAGUUUACACAACUGACAGUUCACUUCUUCAAAGAUGCUCUAACUCGCGAACUCAACGGAAUUGAAAAAUCAAUUGUGGAGUUUUUAGGCGUCAGGAAGCUACUAACAUUACAAUUGGACUCCAAUACGGUCCAAGUGGUCAGAGAAAAAGUGAAAAACUCGCGAAAUAUUGACUUGGCCUAUUUGAAAAAAUUGAAAGAGAAAGCGAGUAGAUUGACUACUAUGUCGAAAAACGUGGUAGAAAUGAUCGUCAAGUCGCUCGAAUCUAAAUCUAUGGUUCUGCUGCUGUUUUCAAGCCAUAAUUUCUUCAAACCUGCUGAGUUCGCAGCUUUAUUGAUUCAAUGUUAUCUAAACAGUGAAAAUUUAUCAAACCAAAAACAAUCAGAUUUUGUUGGUAAUAUCUUGCAGCCAUUGGUGCUUUUUUGUGAACAUUUCAACGUCGGGUUUCUAUGUUUCUCAGAAGAUGUCAGAAAACUGAUCUUGAAGUUGAAGAAAGAAGAAAAAGUUAGCGACCAGAAGUUCAAAGACGAAACUGAAAGAAGUUCGUCUGAGUCGUCCGAAAACUUAGACGUCAUGUCUGAAUAUGAAUUAGUUAACACACCUUCCACUCAUUUUUCCAACUUGAACAAUGGGCUGAAAAGAGACAGUACUAUGCGCAAACGAACCCUGGCUGGGUUUUCAAUCGAAAGUAUAUUGAAAGCAGCGGACAAAAACAAAAUAGCAAACCUGCGAUUUCCAUUCAAACAGUCUUUCGUGAUCGAUUAUUUCAAAGUACUGAAAAACUGUAUGAAACUAUUUCACGAAUAUUUGGCGUUAGAAAAGACACAGUUUGAUGCGUGUUCGUCGGUUGAAUUAGAUAGUUCAAAAAUAACCGAAAUGAUACUGACCAAUUUAAGUGUAAUGUUGUUCACAUUGCCCAAAAUUGAAUCAAGUUGCACCCAGCCGAUGGCUGCAGCUGGCCUAGGACUCCUCGUUGAAGGUUUGCACGUACUGUGCUGUGAAAAGAUUAUCAACUUACGCGGAAUCGAACGCACGUUAGUCGAGCAGUUGUCGUCAUCAUUUGUUCACUCUUUAAACAACUGUUCUUUCAAGUUGGCAGUCGAAUUGGUGAACAUUUUGUGGAGUUUCACUUUUUAUGGAAACGAAUCAGAGAAAAAACAUGCAGUUUUCGGAGAGGUGUCAGAAAAAAGUGAGAGUCACGACUCUUCAAGUGAAGAGAAAAUCAACAGCGAAGGACUUGCUGAUGGUUCAUCCGAUUUGGAUGAAAGUUGCGACAAGACAAGUGCCUCUAAUUGUGUUCACAUUGAAACUUGUUCGCCGUGCAGGCCAAAAGAACCCACUGAGUUCUGUUUCAACCCCCAAGUUCUCCCCAUGUUCUUGAAAGUUCUGUUCUCUCUGAAAUCGGCGGACGUGCUAAAUUUCUAUUUCAACAAGCUAAACUCAUUUUUCAGAUCGCUAAAACAGGAAAAGCUAAAUAUUUCUCAGAAAUUCAUAUUCGAGACGUGCAACUUGUCGCUUUCAACGAUGGCUAAAUCUCUCUUUGCUAACACAGAUUUGCUGAUUAAAGUUCUGGAACCCCUCUUAAGUAUGUUGGAAAUUCUAUCCAAAAACUACGUUCUGUCUUCCGAUUUGCUUUUGAUUUUCCGACUUUUUCUGAACAAAACUGUUCCCAAAUUAAAACUGUUAGACUACUUCGAAAAAAUUGCAAAGGCAUCUGAAAACGGACCCCAAACAGUUAUGAAGUUUGACAGUAAUAACUCCAAAAUGUUCGAAGUUGUGAUGAAAUCAAAAGAAGUUUCCGUGCUUAGGGAUUUGAGCCAAGGCUUCAGUUGCGCCUGCUGGAUCAAACCAUCGUUAAACCAAACGAACCUAGAAGAGGCUUACCACAAGUUUCCCGUUAAGUUGCACAUGAACGUUCACAUAUUCACUUUCACCACAGUCCAAAGCAAGGUUUCCUUUUUUCUCAAAUCUGCCGAUGAAAGUGGGAAAAAAGAGGAGAAAGGCUGGAGUUUGGUUUACAUCAUGUCCAGAAUCAGACGCAAUGUGACAUCUCUAGACCAUGUGCCUCCCAUUGCUGGAAAAGUUGGCCUCGCGCCAGAGUUCGAUUUGAAGAUGGACGAAUGGUGCCACGUGUUUUUCUCAGUCGACCAAUCGAAAACAGUAUCUUUUGUGUUCAACGGAAUGUUUUCGGCUAAAUGCGAAACUCCGUCAGAUGAAUACAGUUUGUCGGCUAGUCGAGACUUGGUGAUCAGUUUAGGUGCGUGCACAAUGCCGACUGACUUAAAUUACGACAGACUUCCGAAAAAAUCAGAGCCGAAAAUAUCAACGUCUGUUAGAUUUUCAACAUCAAUUUCGAUAGCAGAAAAACCGAUUUGUCAGUUCGAAAAACUGUUGAAAGACGUGAAAUAUUCACUUUACAUAGGAUGUGUGACAAUUUAUGAUUCGCCGUUACAAAAGCGGUACGCCUUGUGCAUGUGGCUCAGCGGGCCGAAAGCCUUUUUGUCGAAUAAAGGAGCUCUAAAACCGCAACCAGCUCGUUAUCUGACCCGAAAAUCAGCCCAGUACUACUAUCAAAAACAACGCCAAUACGGGUCUGCUUACGGCAAAGAUUUGGAUAAGUUAGUCCAGAGUCUAAUGAUUUGUGUCGACCCGAACUCAGGUUUUGUAACGAGUUACGAUAGCUGUUCCGAUCAGAAGGAAAACCAAAUUCCCAAGUUCAAUUGUCUGCCAUCAUCUCACCCUUUACCCUCACAUGUUCAAAUUGAAAAGAUUCUCAAUUUUGAAAGCGCUGUUGACACAAUUGGUGGUCCGAACGUCAUUUUAUAUUUUUUUGCCGUGAUCGUCGAAGAUUUAAAACUGAGCGAAGACAAAAUGGUUGCUGAGAACGAGCAAUGCCGGGCUUUAGCUAUUGCUUUGAAAUAUUUUUCACAAAUUGUACAUACAGACACUAACUUCAGAAUGGACGAAGAUGUUUUUGAUGCGUUUGAACCUAUUUUAGCCAGUCGAAAUGUGAUCUUUUCCGAGAAAUUGGUCAACUGUUUCAUCAACGCCGCUUGUGAAACUUCAAGCGAAAAAAUGGAAACGCAAAUUGAAGCAAAAGUGGACUUUUUGAUUAGGAACGAGGAUGUGCUUCUGUUUUUCUUCAAGCACAAAUCGUUGUGGACAAUUGAAAGAGCGACCGUUCUCAUGUAUUACGUAACUCAAGUCCAAAGUUGCAUAACCGAAUCUAGCUCGUCAGUCAUCAUUCACAACCGAAAUCUCAUGAUGGAAAAAGGCAUUCUGGACUAUUGCAUAACGCUCAUCUGGAACUGGAGCUUAAAUGCGGACUUUGAGCAACUAAUCGACUGUCUCAUAAUGUUCCUGGUUCAGCUGCUUUUGACCGACAUAGAACAAGUCACAGAAAAGGAAAAGUCGCUUCAGUAUUCAAUCGUGGAGCAAGUAGAACAAUUGAUUUGCCAACUGCAUCCAAACUCAAACGCAUUUCUGCACCAUGCCGAUUCUGCAUUUCAAUUCUUAGAUCGGACCAAAAAACUUGUGGCAGACAUUGAAAAUAUCAACCAAAUCGAAAUGAGUGGAAACCUAACCCGAAAUGACGUAAUAGACACUCAGAUUGGCCAAUCGACCACGUUUAAAUCAGACGUUAUGUCACAGUUCUUGGAUGACGUAACCAAGUCUUUUGACCCUAAUGACGUAACAAGUGACGAGUUAUCUUCAGAUGAUGCGAAAUUGCGAGGCGGAACGAGUGGCAGUAAUACUAUUGUGUUUGACUCUGGCAACGAAACGGGAGGCACGGAAGCAACGUUUAAGAACGGCGCUUCAAUCGAUGAAAGCUCCCGUCUAAAUGUUUCGAUGUCGGAAACCAUGUUGAAAGUCAUAGUCAAACUAUAUACGCCUCAAUGUUUGACUUUAGACUUCUCAGAUUUAGUGAAUGUUCAACUUAAAUUGGCGCCCAAAUACUGGGCAGUUUUGUUCAACAAUUCAGAUGUUAGAGUUUCGAGCGCGCUUUUGAACCUGGUGAGGAAAGUGUAUGAAAUAGCGGGCAAUGCUGCUCGAGAUGACUUUAUUCGCUGCAAAUUCUUCCAUAUCAUUUCUUGCCAACUUUACAUAUCCAGACAAGUUUCGGAGGAGUUGAUCCAUAACGCAUUAGCUCUUUUCUUUGCAUCGCAGGAAAUCGUCACUUAUUUGAACUUUCCAGACGUUGAUCCAAAAAGAGUUAAGAGUUGGCUUUCAAAGAAGUACCAGGCCAUGUUCCAUAUCGAGGCGUUUCCUAUUUUGCUGACCCUGUUUCUGAACUGCAGUACUUCGUGUUCGAAUAGCCAGUGGCAUUGUGAAAUGGCCACUUCUCUUAUGACCCUUUUCAAUUCUAUCUUCGCCUGCUGUGAAAAGUCACGUGGAAUAAUGCUCAAAUUUGGUAUCAUACCCGCAGUCUUAAAUGCCUCCAUCGAAAUUUUCCAAAGGCACACGUCGCCUGUAGUUUUGCACGUUUUGAUGAAACAUAUCACCGAGUUCUUAGCGACUGUUGCGGAGUUUGCGAUUUUGAGUCCAGAAACGAAAGAUCAGUUUGUUUCUAAUCUUCUGAGACAUUUAAUUGACUCUCUAUGUGUCGUUUGGAACCGAGUGGCUACCAUGACCACUGAUGAGUAUUUGAAGGACCAAAUGAACAUUCUGAUUUUUCAAAUGUUUUCAUACGUUUUGAAGAUUUCAUUCGAACGGCUCUUGUGUUUCAAAACAGUUUUCAACCCUCAAUCACACUCUAAAACGGAAGGCAGCUUGAAACGGAUGCUCUCUUUCAGCACUUCGAAAGCCGCCAAGCCGAAAUUACUUCAGACCAUUGCUAGCUUGGAUACGUACUCAGAUGAAACAGAUAGUCUAACUAGUAUGUCGGAUAGCAGAACAAACUUAAAAUUUUCGACCGAAGACUUGACUCAAAGCUUACUUUCCUUGUCAUCGUCAAACCUAAUGUUUCGAAGUGCUAAAAACUUGUUCUCUGUUUCAACAAACGAUCUUUUCUCGGAUUUCAAAGACGAACCAAAGCCCGAUACUCUUUUCAUGGAGUUCAAUAACGUUACAAAACUCAUGACUGAAAAUAAGCCGAAAUUUGUGGUCGAGAAGUUCAAGUAUAUUUUGACAGCAAUGAAGCAUUUGGCGAUUUUUUCACUGCCUUCAAAAAUCACCUCCGAACAACAUAAAGCGGAUUGGUGCUUCAAGUACCACGAUUUUGCAGAAUAUUUCAUUAAGAGGCUGCGUGAAGUUCUAAGUUCGUAUUUGACAGCUGCAUCGUCCACUAAAUGGGUUCGAAUUUUGAAAGAUCUCAAGCCUGUGAUGAUAUUAUGUGUCGAACAGCUUACCCAUGUUCUAAUUAGCCCGGACUAUUAUGGCCCGAUCCAAACGUUACCGUUGCUGUUUUAUACGGACCAGUUUUUCGAAGUGAUUGUUAAAGCGGUCUAUGGUUGUUUGUCAUCGACGAAGGAAACAGAGGAUAUUUUAUUGAAUAAUUUCACAAAGCAGAGGUUGGAUUUAGUUUACAAUGAGUGCCCAGAUAUUUCGUCGAGUCAUAAGAAAGUGAUAAGAAGAUUGGAACUGUCGAUCCCAAUGAAUUCCACCCCGUCGGCACAACAGAAACUGCUGAUUUUCCCACAAAGCAGUCUUUACAUGAACGGAGCACUCCAGAGAAAUUUCAGCACGGAGCAAUCGGCCAAUUUAACAUCAUCGAUGUCUCUAGACGAGGACAACAACUUAGGUUGGUGUAGUGCUCAGUUUUGGCGCCAAAAACGGGCAUCUUGGAUGUUGGAAGUUUCGGAACCCAAUCAGUAUUGGACUUGGACUUAUUCUGAACUGCAUGAAAGUAUAAUCCAAGCUGCGAUUGCUGUUGAAACUCCGCUUUCGAGAGAGUGGCUAGAAACGCAAGCUAGAUUUCUGAAACGAAAAAGUGAGAACCCUCAGAACUUGAAACUAUUAGCUUAUGGGGUCAAUUCAGUGACGCAUCCAGGAGCAGUAUGGCACGAAAGCUCAAAAGGGUGUCAAUUUUGGCAACUUGACCAAACCGAAGGCCCUUUGAGAGCUAAAAAGCGACUGGAGAUGUGUAUGCUAAACGUAAAUCCGAGACAUCUGCGUGGUGACUCAAAUGAUUUUAUUAAAAAAGACGAUAAAUUAACGAAAACUUUGACGAAGUCAGCGAUGUCCAACAGCUCAAUUGUAAACGAAAAGACAGGGUACCUCGAGUACAUUUUCAGCAAAUCUUCUGUCCCGAGUACAGCCUUCUCUUUUUCGUCUAUGUCCACGACCCGAAGAGCCGACCAAAACCCCGACUAUGAGCACGACUCCAAUCUGGGAAUUGUAGCGACGUAUCCUUGCAACAGAAUUCUACCUUACUGUGAAAUUUCAGGCGAAGUUCUAAUCAGUGACGUAAACUUAUUCUUCUGGCCGAACACUUCGACUUCAUUAGCUUCCUCGACGUUCAACUCUGCCCUGAUUGGUUCAAAUAGCACAGAGGAUUUCAAAUGGCCCUACACCAGUAUACGCGAAGUGCACGAAAGGUUGUACUCGUUGAAAGAUUGUGGCAUCGAAAUUUUUUUCACGUCGGGCUUAAGUUGCAUGCUGUCUUUCGAGGAUCGGAAAACGCGAGAUUUGUUCCACCAGCAGUUUUUGGACCAAAAUUUACCAAAUCUAGUAAAGGGACGAAUUUUGGAAGAGUCAGUUAAAGCAUGGUCAAGUGAAUACCUAACGAAUUUUGCGUACCUUACAGCUGUGAAUAAAUUUGCGGGAAGAAGUAGCAACGAUUUAAUGCAGUACCCGGUUUUCCCCUUCGUUUUAUGCGAUUAUGAAUCAGAUGAACUAAAUUUGCAGAACCCAGCUGUGUUCCGAGACUUGGCCAAACCGGUUUCAGUUCAGAAACCAGAAAAGGAGCAUAUCUACGAGACAAAGUACAAAGAAAUGACUAAUAAUGAGUUCACAGGACCCACAGAUUUUGGGCCUUAUCAUUACAGUUCACUGUAUAGCAACUCGGGAAUAGUGUUGCAUUAUUUAGUGAGGUUGUUGCCCUUUUCAAGGAUGUUUUUGCACUACCAAGGCGAUAGUUUUGAUAUACCAGACCGGACGUUCUUCGAUAUCGACAGCACCUGGAAACUAGCUGCUCAUACAUCCAUGACAGAUGUCAAGGAACUCAUCCCAGAAUUUUUCUACCUUCCUGAGUUUUUACUGAACAAGACUAAUUUCGAGUUUGGCGAACGGCAAGAUAAACAGAUCGUUCAUCAUGUACACCUGCCAAAAUGGUGUCUAAAUGACCCUAGACUUUUCGUGCUCAUUCAUAGACAGGCUCUCGAAAGUGCACACGUGAGCAAAUAUCUGCACAAAUGGAUUGAUUUGAUUUUUGGGUACAAACAAACGGGUAAAGCUGCUGUGGAAGCCCAUAACGUGUACCGGCCAUGUUUGUACUACGGAUUCGACUUGGACCAAAUUGGGGAUCCGCAGAGUCGAGAAGCUGUUGAGAGAAUGAUUCGGACUUACGGCCAGACCCCCAAGCAGAUUUUCAGGAACCAACACCCUGGUCGCGGAAGGAACUCUGGUACCCAAAUUUUGGACAUAAAAUUAGUUGACUUCGUUUUUGGAGGCGCGCUAGGAAUGGUCACUUUGAGUGACGAAAACGUUGACAAAUUGAACCCCAAGAAACCAUCUUCGCCUGUGCCCAGUGUUUUCGGGCUUAAAUGGGGGAACUAUUGCGGCUCGCCUGCCUUAAGGGAACCCACCGAGUGUUGGAGUUCCUUCUAUAGACCUCCUAUCGUUAACAUGGUGACCAUUCAUCGUCGGACAGUCGGGGUCCCGAUCAACAGCGUGUUCUUGCACCGACAUCAGAAAGAUCUCGGGAUCCACGAAGAGAGUGAAAGCUCUGAACAUGGACUUCCUGUCACGUGGUACGGAGUGCUUCGAUACGGAUUUCCUGACAGGUUUCUUCGAUUCUCUUUUCGCAACAGCUCGCGAUGGAAAGUGUUACUGCGCGAACCUUUCGAUGACCCAGUUACAUGUGUUUGCAUAUCAGCAGAUUCGCAUACACUCUUCGCCGGAUGUGAGUCUGGACUUAUUUGGUGUGCACUUGUGAAAACUUUCGAUAUAGAUUUUCGUUCAGGCAAAUCGGACAAGCUAGAAACCGAGACUAAAAUAGUUCCUCAUUGUCGAAUGCCAUUUCACACCAAGCGAGUAAACGUCUUAUCAAGUUGUAGACCGUACAGUAUUUUCGUGAGCGGGUCUGAAGACUGCAAAGCUGCUAUUUGGGAUCUGAACCGGAACCACUUCGUGCGAGCCAUCAGCGUCUCAGGACCUGUGAAGAAUGUUACAAUAAGUGAAACGCUCGGCGAUAUAGCGGUGGUUUACGAAACUGUUGAGUGUAUAAAUGUGGUUGCGGCGUACACGAUUAAUGGGGAUAUAAUUGGAAAAUGGACCUCGGACAGUGGCGAGCGAGUGACAGCAAUCGCGUAUUCAAACGCGCCGGAAGGUAUCUCGAUAAAUCUCAUUGUCGUCGGACUGUCUUCGGGAGCGCUUGUCACUUUAGACUCUUGGCUCGUCAAUCAAUGUCGUGAAAUGACGAUAGCCGAAUUUCAUGGACCGGUUGUUGCGGUGACAUAUCGCAGUGACGCUCAGAUACUUUACGUGUCAUUUGAAGACGGAUGGCUUUGCGCAAUGGGGUCGAAAGAGUUGAACGGUGACCAGAAAAAGUUCCUCCCAAUGGCUGUGAAUGUCUUCAGUCCUGCAAUACUGGCAUCGGGAUCUAAAAUUGCCCCGCAAAGAAUUCCAAGCAUCGUAUAGUUUCAAGCUCCUGAGAACUACUUAGAAGUUCUUAUUGGUUUUGAGUGGUUCAUUUAACAUUUAAUAUUGUGUAAAUUCAUCGAGGUAUAUUUCAAGACAAUCUGCUAGUUUUUAAUUGCGUAUUGCCUUAGAAUUUGUUGUUUCUGGUUAAAAAACUCGUUGUACCAAGAUUUGAGGCCUUCGAUUCAAUUUUAUCAAUAAACUUAUAUCAAUAGUUAGUGAUUAUGAAUUAGUUAGUAGUUAGAAUUUGAACUGUUGCCAUUGCUUAAAGUUGCUUACAAGUAUUUAUCAAUU